GUUUUAUUAUUUCUUCUAGAAUGUUCUAGAAAGUAAAGAAACGUCGAAAGGGAAACUUCUCCUCCUCCCCCUCUCUUCUACCCCUCGUCUACCGACCCACACCUUGACAACAGCAGCCGGGAGCCUGUCAGGACCUGCCUCGACACAGACCUCCAUUACAGACACGUCUCCUGUUGUUUACCUGCCCGACUUCACUGCUGUGACUCAGUGACUCAAACAUUUUAACUCCUAACUCAGAGACACUCACUCGGAGGCCGUGUUGGUGUUUGUCUCACCCUCCUCCCGACAUUCCACUCGGCUUUUGUUACACAGCGGUGUCAGUGCUGCUCGUCUGUGCUGUUACUGACGGUACUUCACCGUGUGGUUCGCUGGUGGAGACCUGGACCAGGUGAGACUGGAGACUGGGACCAGGAAGUUUGGGAAACAGAAAUGUCCGGAAGCUAAAGUUCAGCUGAGGUGAGGACGAACUCAGACGUUUCUGCAGUAGAAGAAGACGAAGACGACGAGGACGGAGAAACAGAGUAAGUUUUCUCAAAUGCCUGUGGAAGCUCUACAGCGCCCACUAAGGCAGCCGACAAGGACUGCUGUAGCGGCCACGCCCCCACGCUUGAGACCCAAAGGGCCCGUGGGUCCGGACUUCUACCGACAGAGUCCAGCGGCGGAGACCAGGCCGAGGCAGAGCGCCGUGGAGCGGCUGGAGGCGGACAAGGCCAAGUACGUCAAGAGUCAGGUGGCGUUGGCCAAGCAGCCGCCGCUGAAGCCCCCGGAGACCAGGAAGCCCCCCCAGAUCGCCAGCACUGUCCUGAGGCCCACCAGGAAAACCCCGGCCCAGACCAAACCUCGGCAGGAGAGCCUCCAGCUGGACCUGGACCACCUGACCAGCCUGAUCAGUGAUGUCAGCAGCGAACCCGUGUCCAGCCCCACCGUCAGCUCGGUGGACAGUGACGAGCAGAACUGUUCCACGCCGACACGCGGACCCCCGUCACAGACUCGGCCCAAACCGGACCGGCCGACCGACUGGUCCAGUUUCGCUAAGGUCCGGUUAAAGGCCUCGGGCCCCGACGCGGCGGAGGGUUCUGCUUCUCCAGGACCUCCAGCUGCGGGGACGGUGCGCAGGGUGGACGUCAAGCCCCAGCCCAGCUCCGCCCGGACCCCCACCCGACCGGCCCAGUUCAUGCGGCAGCCGCUGCAGCCCAUCCCUUUACACUCCCAGUUCCUGCUCCGCCCGGCCGUAUCUCACCUUCGUCUCUUCUAUCCCAGGACGUCGCCCGGCCCCUCCCCGCUGAAGCCUGUGGUCGGUCCGGCCAAACCCGACAACCCUGCGUCCUCCCCUUCCCCAACCCCCCCCCCCCGCCCGCCCGGUUUCCCCCCUCCGUCUCCAGCCGUUACCCGUUUGUCCUCCUCCAGCUCCAGGAAACGCCCGUCUCUGACCCGCUCCAAAUCAGACAUGAGCGACAGAUGCUCCAGAGCCGGCACCGAGCUGGAGCGCUUCUUCAACCUGUGCGGUCUGGACCCCGUCGACCUGCAGGACCUGACCGAGUCUCACUCCGACAUCGUCUCCAUGGCUCGCUUCCGCAGCGUGAGCGCCCCCGGGUCUGAGUGCGUGGCGUCCGGGCGACAGGACAACGAGGAGGACGAGGACGAGGACGUCCCCGCGGCUGCUCGCGUACCCUACGGCGUGUCGGUCAUCGAGAGGAACGCCAGAGUCAUCAAGUGGCUGUACGGACUGGGGCAGAGCAGGGACGGGGGCAACAAGAGCGCCAUCGUCUGAGCGCAGGUGAAACUGUAGAAAAAAAAAACCAAAAAAAAAAGUUCCAAAAAAUGUUUUUUUGCACAGAAGAAAAAAACUGAAUUAUUGAUAAAAAUUAGUUUGUAUUUUUAUUUUAUAAAAGCUCAUUG